GGCAAAACUACUCCCCCUUCCAAAACCCUCGUGUACCCUGCCCCUAGGCGCACUCCACCCCCCGGCAUACACCCCUCUCUCUCCUUUGUUCACUCCAUGUCGAGAGUCGCCAUUGCCUUAUCCUACGCACCCCGAAAACGCCCCAAACCCCCGAAACCCCCACCAAAACCCAUCACCCACGAGAAGAUCCUCCAUCUCCUCAAAUCCUGUGCCUCCCCCACGCACGUUAGCCAGCUUCACGCCCUCCUCAUUCGCCGCCACCUCCCUCUCCGCCCCCUCGUGCUAUUCUGCGCCUCCUCCAAUAUGCUAAUAACCUACGCAUCCCUCCUCUUCCCCCACCUCCCCCGCCGCGCCGAUCCCUUCCUCUGCAACUCCAUGGCCCGCGGGCUGUCCGACGUGGCACCCGAGCAGGCGGUCCUCCUGUACAAUGACAUGGUCCGGGCCGGCCCGGUCCCCGACAAGUUCACGUUCCCGAUCGUGUUCAAGGCGCUGGGCCCCCUCGCGGCGAAGGAGAAGGCAAGGGAGGCUCAUGGCACUGCUGUGAAGCUCAAGGUGGUGUCCGAUUUCUACGUGCAGAGGGGUUUGAUCGAUUUCUAUGCUGAAAAUGGUGAGAUUGAUGAUGCGUGGAAGGUGUUUGAUGAAAUGAGUGGGAGGGGUUCGGUGGGAAAUGGGGGAAUCCAAGCUGCGGGGAAGGCAUUUCCGGUGAUGAGUCUGAGAAAUGGUGAAAUUGGGUCUGCAGGGAAGGUGUCCAAUGCAAUGCUGCAUUGGGAUUCAGUGGGAAAUGGGGAGAAGGGAGUUGAUGGGGAGGCGUUGGGUGGGGUUUCUGAGUUGAGUUUUGUGGAAAAUGCAGAAAUUGGAGUUGGGAGGGAAGCGUCCGAGGAAAUGCCUCAGAGAAAUUUGGUUGUGGGUUGUUCGGAGGAGGAGGAGGAGGUUUUGUGGUUGAAGAGAGCUGUUCACGCUGAAUCAGAGAGGAGGAGAAUGAAACAUGUGAUUGCACCACUGGAGAAGUGUUCAGGAAUGAGGGAAUUGAAGGGGAUUCAUGGGUUUAUGGUUAGAAACGGGCUCAAUGAGAAUCCAAUUUUGGUAAGCCGGGUUUUGAUUUUCUGUGCGAAUUCAGAGCUUGGAAGCCUGGAUUAUGCUCGGGCUAUUUUUGAAAAGAUGGAUGAGCCAUCACUGUUCUUGUACACUACUAUGAUUAGGGGAUAUGCUGAUAAGGGCUUUCCAACGGAAGUCUGUGAUUUUUACAAUCGGAUUUUUAGGGAAGGUUUGAUUCCUGAUAACUAUCUUUUCCCCCCAGUUCUUAAAUCGUGCGGUUCUUUGAAUUCUGUUUCAAAAGGGGAGGAAAUCCAUGGAACUGUUGUUAAACUAGGGUUUGAAUCAGAUCCAUUUACGAACAACUGCUUAAUAACAAUGUAUGCUGAUUGUGGGGCUGUUGGCCCUGCACGUCAAGUGUUUGAUGGUCUGGCAGACCCGGAUUUAGUGUCAUGGAAUUCACUGAUUUCAGGGUUGAAUCUCAACUGUCGGUGGGAUGAGGCGAUUUCUGUUUUUAGAGAGAUGGAAGUGGCGGGUGUCAAGCCCAACCGAUUGACAAUUGUGAGUGUGCUGACUGCCUGUAUGGGCUCAGGAAACUUGGAUGCUGGUAGAUUGAUUCAUGAGAAACUGGACGAUGGUAUGGUGAAAUGUGAUGUUGUCGUUGGGACUGCCUUGGUCGACAUGUAUGCCCGAUGCGGGCAGAUCGACUUUGCUCGUGAAUUGUUUAAUGGGAUGUUCACAAGGAAUGUGCUGACUUGGAAUGCCAUGGUUGCUGGUUAUUCGAGGUUGGAGAGAUUAGAAGAUGCCGUGAGUCUUUUCCUCGAGAUGGAAUAUGUGGACAUUAAGCCGAAUCAGACGACGUUGGCGAUCCUAUUGUCUAUUUGCACUCGGAUGAAGGAUUUUGGUCUGGGUAAAUGGAUCCUCCACUUGGUUGAGAAGAACAAACUGGAGCUCACAUUGGAGCUGGGAAACGCAUUGAUCGAGUUCUCUACAAGAUUGAUCAGCAUCAGUGUCGCUGAAGGAGUUUUUGAGAGAAUGCCCGAGAGAGACUUGUUUACUUUGAAUACCAUGAUAGCCGGCUACGCUAAUAGUAAGUAUGCUAGAGAGGCAUUGAAUCUCUUCAGGGAGAUGCAAGACUUAGGCGCGGAACCUUCCAAAGAGACGUUGGCACAUGUUCUAUCAGCCUGUGGAAACGUAGGUGCUCUUGGCAUAGGCCGUGAGAUUAACGAGUACAUAAACACACAUGAAAUUGAGUUGGAUGUUUUGUUAGGGACGGCUCUUCUUGACAUGUAUGCAAAGUGUGGGUGUAUCGAGGAAGCUCGGGAAGUGUUUGUGAUGAUGCCAGAGAAGAACCUCUUGUCGUGGACUGCCAUGAUCAUUGGAUUUGCCUUGAAUGGGCAUUCCAAUAACGCCAUUGGUUUGUUCUUGGAGAUGCAAAGGUCGGGGAUUGAACCCGACGAGAUCACCUUCAUUGGCAUCUUGAUGGCAUGUAAUUUUUCUGGCUCGGUUGAUGAAGGGUACAAAUAUCUUGAAUACAUGGAGCGGAAAUGCAAUGUUAAACCCAAUUUAGAACACUACCGUCAUAUGGUGGAGCUUCUUGGACGUCGCGGGCUUCUGGGGAAAGCUCUUUACAUAGUUAGCAAAAUGCAACCACAGCCUAAUGGAGCUGUAUGGGGGGCAUUGUUAGGCGCUUGCCGGCUUCAUGGGAAUUUGAGAUUGGGAAUGCAGCUGGGGAGACUCUUGAGCCCGAUCCAUCUGAAACAUGAUAAUGUUGGCUUUUUCGUUCAGUUGUGUGAUAUAUAUGCCACCUUAGGUGAUUGGGUUGCGGUCGAGAAGGUGAGGGCCUUGCUGAAGGCUACGAGGCUUACAACGAAGUUGGGUUUGAGCGCGAUCGAGUUACAUGGUGUUGUUCAUGAGUUUUCUGAAAACAGCACAUCCCAUCCCCAAUGGGAGGAGAUUUGUUCAAUGCUAAGUAGCUUGCGGGAGCAGCUGAGCAUGUUGGGAUACAAGCCAAAUAUCUCCCAAGUGCUUCUCGGUGUAAACGAUGAACGGUAGAAAAGAGCAUGCCAUGUGACAUCUUCUAUUUCUUCUGGUUGGCAAGUGGGCAGACUGAUGUUUGGCUUGGAGAUGUUUAGGCCCAAUGGGCUUAUACAAUGCAGGGGACUGUCAUUGUGGGCCCUUAUUUUUGGACCAAUAACAUAUAGUCCCAGGCCACUGUCCCAGGCUGGUGGAUCUGGAUACGCACUGGUCACUUCAAAGAGGAUUUACUGAAGGAAUUGCGAGCACAGCUGAAAACGGCAUGCUUGGUUUUCUCGAUUGGGUUGUGAUCUAUGAUUGGGGGCUGCAGUGGUCUGAUCAGCUGCACCAAUUUGUAUUUAAGGAGAAGAAUGAUAGGAUCAUCAAACCAAGCCUUGCACAAUGUACAUGGGUAACUGAGGACCAUGGUUUGGUAAUCCAGACCAUUGGUCUAUUGCAUCCCACUGUUGAUGGACCACGUUGAAAAAAUCUCCGAGAUCAGAAGAUCCCAGCCACUAAUCUUGGGACUGUUUUCGGUUGAAUGAGGGCCUUUGCUGUGUUUUCUUCAUAGUGGUCCCUUUUUUUUAGGCCACAAAUUGAGAGGUUAGGAUCAUUACGUUGAGGAGAUAUGGUCUGCCCACGGUUGGACGCGAAAGACCAAUAUUCUGAUUACUGAACUGAGGAUCCCACCUGCCCAUGCAGCUUGGUCUUUGGUGCCUGUAGCGGUCGGAUCUCUCUGAAUAAAAGUCUCCAGAUAUCCUGAUGGAGAGUUAUUUACUUGGUGGGCCAUUGCGCAGUGGGAUAUUGUUCUUCUGAGGUAGAAUUCAACUUUGGGUGGCAUCGGCUUCUCAAAUUCUUUGCCCAUCUAUGGGCAGUUUUGUAUGACGGCAUGGGAGAAUGCCUGUCUAGAAUUGGCAAUUUGAAUCCGAGACGUAGAUAUGCAAUAUUUUCUUUUGUAUCAUACACUGAUCUGAUCUUUAGAGUUAUCAAAACAAGAUCAUCUUUGAUCCUUUUUUUUAAAGCUUUUUUUUUUUUUUUCCCCUUCCAAUUUGUUUGCUCGAAGCAUUUAACGCAGAUUUGUAUGCAUGAACAUGGCCGGUGUUCAAGUGGCAUCCAUAUACAUCAAGCCAAACCCCAGCCAGAUUGUUGGCCCCACUGAUCAGUCUUUCUGGUGCGUUGGUUGCGCCAAAUAUGAUGAUAUCUCAGUGAUUAAUCAGUCUAAUUGGGUGUGAAUUAUCAUGCUAUCUGGUGCAACCAAAUCCGCCCUUGACCUCUUUUAUCUGUCUGUUUUUUUGGCCACAAAUCUGGCGGACGGGAUCAUCCAUCCAUCAAUCCAUGUACGUUUACACGGCCGUCGGACUCUGCAAGCAUAUAUCAGAUAACUGGGGACUUGAUCCACUUAUCAGGAAGCAGAACGCUUAGGAGAAUCUCUUGGAAGCAGAGAUGAGUUGAGUUCGCAAUCGGGAUGGAUGCUGUAAUUUGCUUCAAGGUUAACAUUCACCUUGAAUCAUGUCUUACUCAUUUGUUGGAUAUAUGGAGCUGCCCUACAGAACCACCUUCAAAGGCCUUCGUGGCUGCUGCUGUUGAAUCUGUGGUGGCCCUUUCACUGUGACCUUUAAGGUGAGUUUCAUUUCCCUUUCAUCCAGUCUUAAACUUGACUAACCAUAGGGUCCUCAUCGGCAAAUGUAAAUUUUACUGACGCACAAUAUUAUAUGCAUGUUUUGCUGAUCCAAACUGUUGAUCUGAUUGGUCAUGCUGUGGAUGGACGAUGUACAUCUGCCAGAUUGGAAAAGCCUAACUCUUUAGAUGGUUUAUAAAACAGCAAUUAUACUGAAA